AUGAAGCAUCAGUAUGAGCUUGGCAUCAUGAUGUUUGACAGACACUUCUAUUUGUCUUGCAUAAAGCGUCUUCCUGCUGAUGCUCAGCUGAAUAUGGAGAGCUACUUACACGAGGAGAAGCAUGAAACGUUCAACUCUAAAGAUACGGAGGGAGAAUUUUACGUCGGGGAAGACGGACUAAUUGCUGAUGUGCCUGUGGAUGACAAGAGCCGUUUGGAUAAUUAUAAGUUACUAUUAGACCGUUACGAACGUGAGCUUCAACAGGCCGCAGAAUACGGUCUGGGACUACUUGAUACCAAUGAGGAGUUGCAGGUACAGGUGAUGACUCUUAAAAUUCAGCUAGAGACUGAGACGGAGGAGCUCUCGGUGGAAAGAGACACUUGGCAGCGACGUACUGAACACGCACAGCAGGAGACGGUGCAGUGGAAGCACAAAUUUGCACGUGUGGAAGAGGAAAAGAUGAUUCUAGUGGAGGAAUUUGAGCAAUUUGUUGACCGGUGCAAGUGUCGUGGACAAGAUAGUGAAGCUUCUAGUGAUAAUGAGGGUUCAAUGAGGAAAUGCUCGCAUCACUUGGACACGAUUGCUCAGUUUCAGAAAAAAUUAGAGGAAGUUGAAGUGAUAGAGCACUCAAAGGAAGAGGAGCUUAAGUCGCUACGACAGUGGAAAGAGAUGGCAGAGCAGCGGCAACAGGUCCUUCAGUGCGAAGUUUUGACUGCAGAAAGUGAAAGUUUGUACCGGAAGAAAAUGGAGCAAGAGUUGAGUGCUACUCAACGUACAAUAAGUGUACUUAAGAACGAGAAAGACGCAUUGCAGAAAGCGGCACAACAGCAUGAGGCAGAAAUGCGAGCGUUGAAGAAGCAACUUUGUAUUGCAGAAGAGGUGAAGCACGAGACCCUGGUGCAGAGUAAUAGAAUGAGUGAGGAGCUGCUAUCGUCUGAGUCACGGUGUAAACGGCUUCAGCGCGAACUGGAGCUGCUGGAACACGUUUCCUAUUUCUCACAGGCAAGUGUAGAUCGUGACGAUGAAGAAAGCGACGAGGGCGACGAAAAUAUUGAAGUAAAGGAUGUUGAGACGGUCGUAAUAUCCGAUGCAACUCAGGUCAAGAAUAUUGAAUCCAAGUGUCGUGCGAAUGACGCGAAAGAUCGGAUCAUGCCUCCUCCGUUAAAAAUAAAACGACAACGAUCUCUUCUCGCUGCGACAGCCUCAACUAACACUGCAGCUGAAGACGGCCCGUGUGUUCAGGUGCUCGAAUCGGAGAAAGAUUCUCGCAAGAAGUUAUAUCACUAUUUCCAUCUGACAGCAUUAAGCAUCAUCCACGAAAACAAUAUGAUCGACCGCUGCUUUGAUUCGUCGAGCCGCCUCACGAUUGACAUGUGGUACCGUGAAGUGAUAGCGAAGGAAGUCCCAUUUCUCGUGUGGCAUUCGUGGCUAAUCAACCGUAUCAGCGAGGUGGCUGCGUCUGUACAGGAUGAUAAUGGCGUACGUCAUCGUUCCACUUCGUGGUCCAAAAUCUCGCGUUUUGGAGGUGCCUUCCACGGGUUUUCGUUGCGGAAGAUUAGUGCCAGUGGCGAUACAGCAAACAAUUCGCUUCCUUCCCCAGCGACCGUCUCGUCAUCGGCAGCGUCCUCACCCGUGACUCGCAUACCGCUUACAGUGGCACGAGCAUUUUUCCGCGUGCUGCGAAAGAGUACACGUGCAGGUGCUGGCGUUUCACCGGAUAGGGAUUCUCCGGCGGAUGAUUUACCUGCUCGAUAA